CGUUCGUCAAACGCACACUUGUGCCACAACCAUGUCUUCUGAGCUGAGAUACACAGCAAACACUCAGCUAGAGCACCUGCAUGCUCGGUACACUGGAACGGGGCAUGCCGACUUGACAAAAUACGACUGGCUUACCCAUCAGCAUAGAGAUACGCUAUCGUCUAUAGUAGGCCACUCUACUUUGACCUCGUAUCUGGCUAUAGCGGAUGGUGAAUCUAUCGGCCGUAUAAAAUUCGAGAUGACUGAGGUCAGUGCUCUUUUCUCCGUUUUUCUACUAGGGACUGAUAAUCCGGGGAAAAAACUUUCCCAUUUUUGCUAUUCUGUUUGAUUUUCGCUGUCUGCCCUGCUAAAUGCCAGCGGAUGUUGCAGCCGUGUGGGCCACCGCCUCGGAAAGAGGAUGAUUGAUGGAAUGCUGGAAUAGUAUUGGUUGUUACGACGUAUUAGUACUUAGAUCCAUCAAGCCAUGUUGUCCUAUUAUAACCCCCCGCUUAGAGCACGCUAUUCAACU